GCACAGAGAGCAGACGCACGCGGGUGAUAUUUUGGACUGACAACACACGGCAACGGCACCAUGGUGCAGCAAACGGACAACAGCGAAACGGACGGCAUGUCCAGAGAAGCCACCGACUCCGACGAAAGUGAAUUCAUGGUUUCGAUAAACCCAGACUGGUGCAAGACAGCGACCGGACACAUAAAGCGACCGAUGAACGCGUUUAUGGUGUGGUCUAAAAUCGAGCGGAGAAAGAUCAUGGAACAGUCUCCAGACAUGCACAACGCCGAGAUCUCCAAACGCUUGGGGAAGCGCUGGAAAAUGCUGAAGGACAGCGAAAAGAUACCUUUCAUCAGGGAAGCCGAAAGACUCCGGUUGAAACACAUGGCUGAUUAUCCUGACUACAAAUACAGACCCAAGAAGAAACCAAAGCUGGACAGUUCCUCCAAACCCUCAGCCCCAUCUCCAGAGAAGUCCUGCACCAAAAUGUCCAAGAACUCCAAGAAAUGUCCCAAACUAAAAGCGAACAAGACGGGAAGCAAGUCGUCUCACUGCUACGGAGAUGACUACGUGUUUAAGAGCAUUAAAGUUUCAAAGACUGUCAUUAAAAGUGAAUUCACGGAUGAAGACGACGACUCCGAGGAGGACUCCUCUCGAGUCCGGGUGAAGGAAGAGGAAGAGGAUCCGAUCCGAGCCUACAAUGUAGCAAAAGUUCCCGCCAGCCCAACUUUGAGCUCGUCUACAGAGUCCGAGGGCGCCAGCAUGUACGAGGAGGUCCGGAACAACAGACUCUUCUACAAUUUCAAAAACAUCACCAAGCAGAGCACAAUGUAUCCUGCAUCCGUCUCACCAGCAUCCUCUAGGUCAGUUUCCACUUCUUCCAGCUCAAGCGAAGACGCGGACGACUUGCUUUUUGACUUCAGUUUGAACUUCGCCUCCUCCGCGCAAAGAAGAGUGGGUGAACCUCUGAGGCACAGAGAGCAGACGCACGCGGGUGAUAUUUUGGACUGA